AUGCCCCUGUGCGACCUCUGCCGAUCCAUCUCUUGGGAAGAUCUCCCUCCCUUCCCGAAUGACAACUUCAUAAAGACGUUGAGCGGCUGCCCGCGAUUCCAUCACCUGGUAUUGAAGAGUUCCCUGAUUGAGAAAGAUACGCCCAUCAAAAGAUUCGGCGUCCAGUAUCAUGCCAGCCUCCAAAGCCUACGCCGAGCCGCUUCUGGCGGCUGCGAGCUCUGUCAGAUCAUCGAGAACGAAGCCGAUGCCCUGAUAGAGGAGAUCGCAAGCCUUCGCCAGCCAAGACGCGGUGUGAUGCAGACCGAGCCUAGUUGGGAUAUGUGGUUGACGAAGCGCUCGGAGCCCGAAGUCACUGGCGAUGGGUUCUGGGUUGUGAAUAGAAGCUCUUGGGGGAGUGACAAGUGGCUCGUCCCGAUUGCGUCCAUCGGCUUCAGUUCCGACGAAGGUGAUCCUCGCACUGCUGGUUCCUCUGGUCGUGUGUUGAAAGAAGUCCCAGACGAGACGACACUCCGCCGAGCUGUUGACUGGCUUGAAAAGUGCAACGAACAUGACUAUUGUAGUACUCGCGGGAAGUCUCCUCUACCAAGUCGUGUACUUGAUGUUGGGACCCUGGAGUCCGGUCCCUUCAUCAAGCUUGUCGAGCCAGGCGCUGAUCUCCACGAUCGGUACAUUACUCUCAGCUACUGCUGGGGUCAAGGAUCAAAGCACUUCACCACAACAAACGAGACGAUGCAAGCACGUAAGGAAGGGGUCCCACUGGACUCCUUACCGCAGACCCUCCGAGAUGCAGUUUUCAUAACUCGAGCCCUCGGAGUCCGGUACCUCUGGAUCGACAGUCUCUGUAUUUGCCAGGACGACCUCAAAGACUGGGAACGAGAGUCAGGCCAAAUGGCCGCGGUCUACUCCAACUCAUACCUUACUAUCGCGGCCACGAAAUCUUCCGACAUCAACGGCGGUCUCCUCUCGCCACGAAAGAAAAGGACAUACUUGAAUCUCCCUCGGGGAAGUGCCAGCGACGAAGACAAGUUCAUGCUUGCUUCUGUACUACCUCUCCACAAAGAAAUCAUCCACGAGUACCACUUGCAAAUGAAGGAGGAGCCCCUGACCAGACGAGCUUGGGGGUUCCAGGAACGUGUUCUUGCCCGAAGAAUACUGCACUUUGGGAGCGAACAAAUGUAUUGGGAAUGCCUCGAGGGAUUCCAAGCCGAAGAAGGUCUCAAACUCCCCCAUCGACUGUCCUCCGUCAAUCCCGAUCCGGAAGUCAUCGCCCACGUGGAAAUCCGCGCCGAGGAGCAGGCAGAGCUUCACAAAGACUUCAAUCGCUCUGCAUCCUCUCUCAAGUCUUGGCCUCACCUUUUGUCCGAGUACGGACCCCGGGAGCUGACAAAUCCUGCGGACAAGCUGCCUGCAUUCUCCGGUGUGGCGAAGACGUUCAGCAAGAUACUCGACGAGGAGUAUCUGGCGGGACUGUGGCGAGGUUCCUUGAUUGAGGGGUUGUGUUGGCAGCCAUUGAACUGCAAGCCUGCUUCAGGAGGCUACCGCGCUCCGUCGUGGUCCUGGGCCUCUGUCGAUGGUACCCCUGCGACCGGAUUCUUGGGGGAGAGUGUACCUCACGCGGAGAUCAUCGAGACAAAGGUCGAAGUUGAUGGCGAGAACCCGUUUGGUCGCGUCAAAGACGGCUGGAUCAAGCUCGAGGCCCCGCUCGUCAAGAUGGUCGUGUCGGACAACAAAGGCCCGACGGGACACGUACUCCUGAGGACUGAAAAGGGCGAGACCGACUUCUACGCAAUGCUGGACACGAUUGACCGAGACUAUGCUGCUAGUGCGAGUCUUCUCAAGGCAAUGGAUCUGCAUGCUUUGGUUCUGACUUUUACAUAUGGCACGCCUUUCAAUGCUGAUCCCGAGCGUAAGGACCCCUGUGCUCAAGCGCUGCUUGUGAUUCCUUCGGAGGAUCGACCGGGCUGUAUGAAGAGGAUCGGGAUGUUAGUUCAGGAUGGAGCAGCCUUUGAGGCAGACUUACUGGCGUCUACGAAGUCUACUGUCACCUUGGUGUGA